GGCAGCGUCCCGACGUCGCUAUGACGACGGCGUUCUAAGUAUAUAACGACGUCUGGUUGUGACAGUGCACAGUCAAGUCCGUAGCAUUCUUGUGUUCCAGACGAAACGGGGAAUUCAUAUCGAACGCGUAUUCAAUUUUGAAAAUCUAACCCUUCGAGAAGUGCUGGAAAUUUCACGCGUCUUGGGGUUGACUGGUGGUGGCUCGAAACUGUUGCCGCUUGCCAUCAUGAAAACCGAAGAAUUGCCGAAAGCCAGGAUCGCCGUCAUCGGAAAAUCGAGCGUCGGGAAAUCAGCUUUGACGGUGCGUUACCUCACGCGAAGAUAUAUUGGAGAAUACCGGAGCAACACUGAUUUGCUCUACAAGCAAACCUUAACCGUGAAAAACACGUCGCUCGAGGUUGAGAUCGUCGACGUGUGCAGCUGUGACCUUCAAGCUUUCCCAGAAGAAGCUAUCCACUGGGCGGAUGCAGCCCUCGUCGUGUACGACAUAACCUGCAGGGAAUCGUUUAAGCAAGCGUCGGAGAUGCUUCAGAAAGUACUGGAAAUAAGGAACCAGAUGCCAACGGUACUGUUGGGAAACAAAGCCGAUCUCGAACAUCUGCGUCAGGUCGAGGAAGUCGAAGGACGUACUGUCGGUAUCCAGAACAAUUGCCAGUUUUAUGAAGUGUCGGUGGCUGAAAACUCACAAGAAAUAUACACAGCGUUUGACGCGAUACUGAGCGAAUGUCGCCAGUUUACUCAGAAAACCAGAAAGUUUUCCGUAUCGAAGAUGAUCGGGAACCUUAUAGGAAGCGGUAACGGCAAAGGGGUUCCCGAAAGCAAGCAAGGCGGUACCGUAGUGGUCUGUCACAAAUCUGACCUCUACAAGUCAAGGGUUCUGAGGCGGAGGCAGAACUUCACGGCAACGGCGUCGUUAUGACUAUCCGUCAAUGAUUCAGAUACGUGUUAACAAUACUAAGAUCGUCCUGGUGAUGGGGAUCCUUCAGUUUUAUGGGGGAUUUAGGAAGAAAGAAGUUUUGUAACGCGUGUUCACACACAUUGACUUUUAGAAAGUCGAGCAUGAGUGUGUUUGAACCCUUUUUUGUAAUAAAUUUGUACCUAUGUGUAUGUGUCCUACUGAAUCAUUGUUAAGAAUUACGGAUUUUCUUGGAUUCGACGUUAGAGAUUAUAGUUCUUUGAGGUUCUCGAGUAUACCUUUGCGAGCCCUGUAUUACAACUGUCAAAAUAUUAUUAGUGUGCUAAAAUGGCUGUGAUAUUUUUUCUUAUAAGUCUGUUAUUA